AUGGUCAUGGAUAAGGACUUCAGCGAGAUUGAAGUGUUAUCUGAAGCAUUGCCGGAGGCCAGGGUAAUUCUUUGUCAUUUCCACGUGAUAGACUACCUCAAGCGCGAGAUUAGCAAGAAGAUUUAUGGUUUUACGUCGUUUGAAAAGACGCAGGCAAAGAAUUUGAUCACGUUGAUGAUGCGAGCCACUGAUGAACGAAAGUUCGGCCGAUAUUUGCAAACUCUUCAAACUCUGUCAAAAGACAAACCUCAAUUCUACGAGUACCUAGAGUCCAAUUGGUUAAGCUGCAAGGACAUGUGGUGUACAUUCAUGCGUGGGAACAUACCUCACUUGGACAAAUACGAACAACCGAUUAGAGGCUAG